AUGCUGCCCUGGAUAGCUCUGUCCCUGGCGUUCCUGGCAUGCCUGGCUUGCGCAAAGCCGGCCGUUGAUGUUUUACCUCGAUUCGAUCGACGACAGCAGCAAAUCACUCACGUCUUCGUCACGAACAUCACAUUGCUCGACACGACCCCCUCUCUUCGACAUGACGAGGAACAGGUCCGUCUACAGCAUCGUCUCGAGCGGUCGCGCGGGAAAUGGGACUCGUCGCAUCCAAGACAUAGACUGUUGACUGCGUUGCAUGGAUACACGAGAUACAAGGAGAGACAUCUAGUAGAGACGAAGAAAUGGCGGGAUCUGUAUAAGAAUAUGUCGAAAAAGCAGCGAUCGCUGGUUGAAUCCACCGUGCAGUACACGCGCAAGCUCAAUUCCGUGGAACAUCUACUUGAAACGAACGAGAAACUAGCCAAGGACAUCGUUGCGCAGGGUCUACAGUUCUACAACAUCUCUCGGGCCGAGCUGGAUGAAUUCAUCAAACAGCAGGAGCGCCAGGGUCAGUCGACCGAUCGGACUAGCGUGACGCAGGCGAUGAAGCAUUUCGUGCGCGACUGGGCAGACGAGGGGUUCGACGAACGACAAGAGUCAUUUCCAUGCGUCCUGGACGCACUGAAACGUGUGCCCCGAACAAGUGAGCGGCCGCUCCAGGUGCUGGUCCCCGGUGCUGGAGUAGGGAGGUUAGCGCACGAGAUUGAGCAGCUUCAAGGAUUCGAAGUGACCAUGAAUGAAUGGUCGAUGUACAUGAACCUCGUAUAUCGAUAUCUGGCCAGUCUGUCGACGCCGAACAGCGCAUCCUUCCACCCAUACAUUGACUGGUGGUCGCAUCACGCCACGACAAGCGAUCUUCAGCGCUCGGUAGUCUUCCCAGAUCAAGUGGUCGAUCCGUCGUCCGUGUUGUUAAUAGAAGGCGAUUUCACGACGGCGUUCACUGAAGACACAGGGAAAUACGACGUGCUUGUGACGCUAUUCUUCAUAGACACUGCGCGCAAUCUUGUUUCUUACCUCGAGAGUAUUCACCGGCUACUCCGCCCCGGGGGCACGUGGAUUAACCUUGGGCCGCUACUCUAUGGAACUGCGCCGUUUCUCCAACUAUCGCUCGACGAGAUAGUUGCGCUUAGUGAACGGAUUGGGUUCCGGUUCGAGGAGACUGAGGCAUCGUGUGGGGAUAUCACUCUUCCGGGAUGUCCUGUUCGAGGAUUAGAAGUGGCAUACGGCCGUAAUGGCCGGGGAUUGAGUAAGAAUGCGUAUCAAGCGCAGUUCUGGCAGGCAACGAAGCUCUAA